GUAUGAGGUAGUGACGCCUCUCUUCUCUGUGUGUAGUUGUUGCAGCUCCAGGACCUGCACCCCCUGCCGAAGAUCAUUCUCGAAUACAGACAGGUUCAUAAGAUCAAGUCCAGCUUCGUCGACGGGGUUCUGUCUUGUAUGAUGAGUAAGAACUUCAUCUCGUCCACAUGGUACCAGACCAGUGCAGUGACUGGAAGAAUCUCUGCCAAACACCCAAACUUCCAGGCCCUCCCAAGGCAGCCGGUGCAGAUCACUAAGAAGCAAUAUGUUCAAGGAAAGGAAGCGGAGGUGGUGACUGUUCACCCACGGGCCAUGUUCAUCCCCCAGGAUGGCUACACCUUCCUGGCUGCAGAUUUCUGCCAGGUGGAACUGCGUCUGCUGGCUCAUCUCUCGUCAGAUCCUGAGCUGCAGAGGAUCUUCAACAACCCACAGGCCGACGUCUUCACCAUGCUGGCCUCACAGUGGAAGGGUGUGAGUGAAGGAGAAGUGAGUUCAGAGGAUAGAGAGCAUGCCAAGCGUAUCGUCUACUCUGUGGUAUAUGGAGCAGGUAGGGAGCGUCUGUCGGGCAUCCUGGGUGUUAGUGCUGAACAGGCCAGCCACUUCCAGGACAGCUUCCUCCACACCUACAGAGAGGUCCAGACCUUCAUACACACCACCAUCCAGCAGUGCCACAAACGAGGUUACGUGGUGUCUAUUAUGGGCCGGCGAAGGACACUUCCUCACAUCCACUCUACAGACUGGGGAGUCCGCAUGCAGGCUGAGAGACAGGCCGUCAACUUUGUGGUCCAAGGGUCAGCUGCUGACCUGUGUAAGAUGGCCAUGAUCCGUAUCUUCUCUCAAGUCUCCUCCUCCAGCUCUCUCUCCGCCAGGCUGAUAGCUCAGCUCCAUGACGAGCUGCUCUACGAGGUGGAGGACUCUCAGGUGGGGGAGUUCGCAGUGUUGGUCAAGAACACUAUGGAGUCCCUGCAACACAUCGAUUGUCUGGGAGUUCAUCUCAAAGUCCCCCUGAAGGUGGCGGUCUCAAGUGGCAAGUCCUGGGGCUCCAUGUCUGAACUACACCUCCCCCAAACAUCUCUCCCCCCCUCUUCCUGAGUCCCUCUCUCCAUCUCUUACUCUAUCUCUCCCUCAUUGUGCUGCAUCUCCAUCGCUAUGGAAACCAGGCAGCUGCAGCUCCUCCAAGCUCCCAAUUCUCCUUCUCGCUCCCUCUCCCUCUCUCUAUCCAAUUUUCUUCCUCACACACACACACCCCUCUCUCUCUCUCUGCCCGUAUCAGGGGGCAACGGCAGGAGCCUCCCACUGGAACGCAUCAGUUUCUUUUUUUUCAACCUCCCUCCAUUUUGUGGAAUUGUAGUUCUCCUCUCUUCACAUUUUUCUGUUCUCACCCCUCUUCUUUAGAUUUUUGGUUUCUGUCUUCCGUUGCCAAGGCAAAACCACACUUUGAGAAAUUUGUUUGGCACUGUUGCCUUUUUAAAAGUAUUUCUCAGCUAAAGUAAAUAUACCUCAUUAGCUAGAUAACAGUCAGAGGUUUUUUUUGAAGGUUCUAUACUGUUUGAUUGUAUUUAUUAACUGAUAUCCUGUCUGAAUGUCCUAUUAUUGCAUUAAUUGUCAAGUAAAGCUGGACUCAUCAAUGUAUUUCUACAAUAAAGUGAAACGAUCUAGUCUUUGCA